AUUGUUGUCGCUGUUUAUCUUCCAGAGGUGCCUGCGGGCCGGCUGCACCAUUGCUUUGAGUUUGCACACACAUUCUGGCCAUGGGAUCCUCUUCCCUCCCCCCUCGGUAUCCGUUUCCGUAGAUGUUUUUAUUUCUUUUCCCUAGCUGGCAUUUUAGUGAGCAUUAUUGAGCAAGUUUUCAGAAGCCCGCACGUUUUGUUUACGUAAUGUUUUUGUAAUACUGACCCCGGAAUGGAGGGGAGAAGAAAGCCAAGAAGUGUUAGAAAACUGUGAGUCUCUUUGCGUGAUGGACAUUUCAGUUGCCCCCCCACCCCCAAUCCCGAUGUGUUUACUUUUUAAACAGGAUGCAAAAGUAUAAACUGGCAUUGAAAAGUAGAAUAUCAUUACAGAAUUUGGAAGACUUAAGACUCUUUUUAAAAUAACAGUAGGUCCUGAACCUUUUCCAUUCUCUUGCCUGGCUUCUGAUUGUGCCUAAGGAACCUGAAUUUGCGAAACAACAGGCUGAAUUAAGAGCAAUCUCUGUGGCACAGGAUGAACCAGCCUUGAAGAGAAAAUACUACAAACUGGCUAAUGGAUGUGAAAAUGAUGUUUUAUUUUUGUGACCAGCAUCUGUGAGAUCUGUAAUAGAAAUGAUGGCUGGCUGUGGUGAAAUUGAUCACUCAGUAAACAUGCUUCCUACGAACAGGAAAGCGAAUGAAUCCUGUGCUAAUACUGCACCUUCUCUAACUGUCCCUGAAUGUGCCAUUUGUCUGCAAACAUGUGUUCACCCAGUCAGUCUGCCUUGUAAGCAUGUUUUCUGCUAUCUAUGUGUAAAGGGAGCUUCAUGGCUUGGAAAGCGAUGUGCCCUGUGUCGACAAGAAAUUCCCGAGGAUUUCCUUGACAAGCCAACCUUAUUGUCACCAGAAGAACUCAAGGCAGCAAGUAGAGGAAAUGGUGAAUACGCAUGGUAUUAUGAAGGAAGAAACGGGUGGUGGCAGUAUGAUGAACGCACGAGUAGGGAGCUGGAAGAUGCUUUUUCCAAAGGUAAAAAGAGCACUGAAAUGUUAAUUGCCGGGUUUCUGUAUGUUGCUGAUCUUGAAAAUAUGGUUCAAUAUAGGCGAAAUGAACAUGGACGUCGCAGGAAGAUGAAGCGGGACAUAAUAGAUAUACCAAAGAAGGGAGUAGCCGGACUUAGGCUGGACUGUGAUGCUAAUACCGUAAACCUAGCAAGAGAGAGCUCUGCUGAUGGAGCGGACAGUGUAUCGGCACAGAGUGGAGCUUCAGUUCAGCCUCUAGUGUCUUCGUCUGUGAGGCCCCUGACGUCAGUAGAUGGUCAGUUAACGAGCCCUGUGACACCAUCCCCUGAUGCAAGCACUUCUCUGGAAGACUCUUUUGCUCAUUUACAACUCGGUGGAGACAGCCUGGCUGAAAGGAGUCAUAGGGGGGAAGGAGAAGAAGAUCGCGAAUUACCAUCCUCAGGCAGGGUACCGGCACCAGACACCUCCAUUGAAGAAACUGAAUCAGAUGCCAGUAGUGAUAGUGAGGAUGUGUCAGCGCUUAUUGCACAACACUCCUUGACCCAACAGAGACUUUUGGUUCCUAAUGCAAACCAGACAGUAUCUGAUCAAUCAGAUCAAUCAAUAACUGAUGGAUCACUAGCAGGGGGUGGAACAGUGAGUGCCAGUGUCAGAUCUAGAAGGCCUGAUGGACAAUGCACAGUAACUGAAGUUUAAAUAAAAGUCUUCAGCUCCAUGCUCAAGGUUAAAAUGGUUAUCUGUAAAUUUCUGCCCACAUAACAUUAUACUCAUCCCUAGUAGUACAUUUUUGGGAGUUGGGGUGGGAAGGGGUAUAGGAAGGAUAGACCUAUAAUUAAAAUGUCCAGUCUAACAUGUCUCUGUUGAGAAAUUUAUUUAAGGAACUUGGGUGUUAAUAGUUGAAAGCUGUUUAGUAAUAACCCAGUUUUCUUGAAGUCUGUUUAUUUUAUAGUUUUUUAAAAUUCCGUUCUUUUGGCCGGCGUGUAUGUAUUAUCUGUGCAUUAAUGGUCCCAUCUUUUGCAUUUUGUCUUACUUUCCUGCAUGGAUUGACAUAAAGCCAUUACUAAAAUUUGGCACCUAUGAGAUGUCGUAUCAGUUUUAACAGGAAGCUUAAUUAAUGUGAGAAUACAUGUGAAUUUGGGGUUUUAAAAUAGACAAAAACUAUUUAAUAGUAAAGUUACUGAAAUGGAAAUGUAAAGAAAACACCUAAUUUAUGUUUCAUAAUCUUGUCUGUAACAUAUUCACGGCGUUCCCAUAGACUUUGCUGUCUAGUCCUUGUAGUUUGAAGUUUCUCUUGAUCGUUUUCUUUUUGGUUACAAAAUUUAUAAUUUAAUAAAUACUAGAAUUUAUCAAAAAUCAUUUGUCUCUUGCUUGAGUCUGGAAAGAGGAUGUUAACAUUUUGACACUUGUAACCAAAGGUCUAUCAAAACGUGGUUUCAGUUACUGGUAUUCAGCUUAAAGGAGUCACCUGCUCAGAAAAGUCUGAUUUUUUUUCAUAGAGAGUAUUUAAACAGAAUCUGCAGAGAAUGUGCAUGGAAUAAAUACAUAUGGAAAUA